CAGGCCUGCGGUUCAUUAAAAACUUACCAAAUUGCUUGAUUGAUUGAUUACCCGAUUGUCUCGUAAAAACGGUAUAUCGUUUGGCGAACUCUACAUGCGCUAUAAACUCAACGCUUUGUGGAGGGUGCGCCAUUUUUGGAAGCGGUUUUAUUUUGUGCUGCACAUGACAUAAAAGCGAAAAUAUCAUUAAACUCGUUUUCAUAAUUUUGAUUUUAGAUUUUGAUUUGGAGAUGAGAAAAAUCUUAACCGUGACUCAGGUUUUUACCUUUCACUAAUAUGGGAAUGAGUCAUCCCAGACAAUAUUCAUGCCCCUUUUUUAGUUGCGCCCCUCAAACAGUAUAUAAGCAAGUACAGAAUAGAAUGCGAGCCAGUUUCAGUCAUGCUCUGAAGAAGCCUGCAGGGGAAACGGCAGCAAGUUCGUUUUAUUAACCACCGACGGAAUCCAGAAGUGUGACUUUACCUGUAUAACAUAUACUUACUUCACACGACACUUGAAAAUGCCCAGUGAAUUUGAAUGAUAAGGUUUUUCUACUCCCUAAUUUUGAAUUCCUAAAGAUACUCUCAUUAGCUGUGCCCUAUUUGGGUCAGGUGUGAUUUUAAAACGUCAGAUUCGUCGCGACCUAAUUCCAGUCUCUCCGGUACUUUAGUUGUUUACUUGUUACUGAUUUUAUUUUGACGUUUGGUCAAUCUAAUAAUGUAUAUAAUAUAUUUAAAAUUUUCUAAAUCGAAUAGCAUUACAGCAGUGGAUUUUUUUCGUUCAGUUCUCUGUACAACAGCUUAUUUUUGAUAUAGUUUUGCGUCCAUCACGCGAUGUGUAAUCGCUGAAAAACUUUUCUCCUUAUAUUCAUACAAAAGGUUAUUUACCAUGUUAGGUAUUGAUAAAUUAUAUAUUGAAUAUUUUAAUUGCAAUAAUUAAGUGAUAAUGACCAAAAUGAAUAUUUUACCAGUCAUUCAGAUAUCAGUACCUAAAUACACGAGCGAUCAAUACGUCAGAAGGCGAUUUAAAAAAAGAUAAGCGGUACACACAAUAAUAAAUAACAGUGAAGAGUUUAAAAAGAUGACGAAACUUGUGAUAUUAUUCGAACAGAUUUUCCCCUCCUCAAAAAUGUUGUUAGGUAUAAAGCACGCUGGUACCUAUGUCGAUUGCCUUUCAAAAUUUGAAUUUUUGUGAACUGCUUCGCGUUCUCAUCAAUAGGAUAAUUACCAUAAUAAAUAAUGGGCGAAAACGUGAUCACCACAAGAUCUUUGGGAACGGCAGUCGAAGGUAUUAAAGAUCAGUACGCGGACGGCAAGGCCGCGAAGGUUUGGGAAGUCUUUAUUGGAGACAAAACCUCUCGAACUAAAAACUACAAAAAUUUUUUGGUCGGCCUUCUGAGAAGCAAAGGAUGCAAGAAAAUUCUCGACGUAGCUUGCGGAACUGGUAUCGACUCUAUCAUGUUACUAGAGGAAGGGUUUGAAGUUGUAUCUGUGGACGCUUCCGACAAAAUGCUAAAACACGCUUUGAAAGCUCGGUGGAAUAGGCGCAAAGAACCCAUUUUUGACGCCUGGGUUAUUGAAGAGGCGAACUGGAUGACUUUGUAUGAUGACAUCGAAGAUUUGGUUGGAGAUGGAUUCGAUGCUGUCAUUUGCUUGGGAAAUUCAUUCGCUCACUUGCUUGACAAUUACGGAGAUCAAAGAGAACAAAGUCAAGCCUUAAGAAACUUCGAGAAGUGCGUAAAACCGGGAGGGUUGCUAUUGAUAGAUCAUCGCAAUUACGAUAGCAUUAUCGAAACUGGUCAGGCACCUGAAAAAUGCAUUUAUUACAGCCCUAAACACACCACUGAAAUAAGGACGUCAGUAUUAUACGUCACCGGUAAACCGGCCCUAGUAACUCUAGAUUACAUCAUAGACCUGUGCUCCGACAAGGAGAAGGAAGAUAGUUCGAACUUAAUACAGAACGACUGCAUCAGCGAAUUUCGAUUGUGCUACUACCCGCACACGUUGAAAGUAUUUACGAAAAUGUUGGAGGCAGCGUUCGGUGAAAAUUCAAAAUACAAGAUAUACGGCGACUUUAAGAAACUGGAAGAAAUUGAAGAUCCCAGUUUCUACAUACACGUCGUCGAAAAAUCAGAUACCGUAUUUUAAUUAAUGUAUCGAAUCUCUGGGAUUAAGUUGUUGUAUUUAUUGUGUAUAUUACAGUGAUAUUUUUUAUAUUAAAUAUAAGUUAGUUGU